UUUCCCUAUAGAGACUACAACAAAUACAUACAGUAGAAUACAGAAGAGAGAGAUAUUGAGAUAGAGAUGGAGUGUUCGAACAUGAAGCAACAUCAGUACGGUUCAUACGCAGAGCCGAGGAUCUCAUUUUCUAGCGGUUUCGCAGCGACUAAGCAUUAUAUGAUAAAGUACAAGGAGGCACCAGCGUCGUCAGAUGAUUUUGAGUUCGGAGUCGAGAACUUCUCCAUGACGACAGCAGAUGAAAUCUUCUUCGAUGGCAUGAUCUUGCCUCUAAAAGAAGAAGUAAACACGACGAAGAGAAUGUCAACUCUGAGGGAAGAACUGAGUGAAGAGGAUGAUGAUUCGCCGAGAAGCAAAUCAAAAGGGUCGAGUGGUUGGUGGAGAGAAAGAUUAGGAUUAGGAUUCGUGAGAUCCAAGAAAGAUCACAAGAAAACUUCCUUUUAUCACCAUUAAUUUUAGAAGCCAUUCUUCAACCAACUGUUCUUUUUUCUUUUUUUCUUUUUCAAUCGUUGUGUUAAUGUUUUUUUUUUAGCUUCUUCUCUUCGUAGGGCUAAUUUUUACUCUUUAAUGUGUUUUCUCUGUUUUUUUUUUUCACUUCUUCACUGUUCCUCGCCGAUGUAAAAAUUGUUUGCGGUUGAAGAGUUUCUUCUAUUUGUGUGUUUUGGUGCUUUUCUUUAAGGAGAAAUUAAUGACGACAUAAAUAUCGAGUUUAUUUUCCAA